AUGGCUAGGCUGCCAUUGCCUGACGGGUUCUUACUCGCUAUCCAUAGACCUAUUUCUGCAUUUAAUUACUACAUGUCUAUCGAGAAAGAAGUUCAGGGUGGGUGGCAGUCAUAUAGCACAGGUUCGUUACAGUACCACUUAGUGUCGAGCUACAUGGACGCUGACUUGCGUAUAGAUACAAAAACGCUUGGAAAGUUCGGGCAACGCAUUUUACGUGGAUUAUUUCUCGUGAUACCAGAAUUUUUGAAGUUAAAAAUUGCUCAGCUUAUUGUUAAAGCGGUUAACCGUUGGUAUCCGCAAGAUAACCCAUUCUUCAGAUAUCUUCCUGGGGGCCUAUGUUUAAAAAUUGGAAAAAGGGUGGAUCGAAACGAAGCCAAUGCCCUGCUCCUUAUUGACAAAAUGACAUCAAUACCGGCUCCAAAACUUAUUGGCUUUACAAGGGAUGAGAAAAACAACGUAGGGUACCUGAUUAUGACUAUGAUUCCCGGCGUGCCUGCGGAUAGUGUCUAUUAUCGCAUGUCGUAUGAUGAGCGCAUCCAACUUGCAAAAGACCUGGGGAGACAUAUUUCAGAAUAUCGCCAGAUCCCAAACCCGCACGCCGAUUAUCUUAUUUGUGAUACUCUUGGUGGCCCGACUACUGAUCAUCGGACUGACAUAGUACAGAGGACGAAUUUACGAAUUUUCUUAGAAGGGCUCGAGGGCCAAAGAGACAAGUACCCGUUACGAUAUUUAUACGAAAAGCAUCACAGUGUAUGUUUCACUCAUUCAGAUCUACAUUUGUCUAAUAUACUUGUCCUGCGUGGCAAAUUCUCCGGUCUGGUUGACUGGAAAAGCGCAUGCUUCACCCCAGAAUAUUGGGAAUACACGAGAGCAAUUUGGGCUCAUCAAGGUAAUAAACGCACAGAAUCAGAGUUAGGCCAUGCCUUUGAUAAGUGCUAUCAUGAUGAACUGGAGGCAGAGAAAUUUAUUUGGAUGGCAAACCCCACGUUUUGA